UGACAAUAAAUGUUAACACAAAUUCCAUUCUUCUUCAAUAGGGGUCUUAAGCAUAUUGAAUGCGUAAAGAAAGAUAGUAAUAAUGGCCAAAGUCAUGUUUGUUUUGUUCAGCUUCCUCGUAUUAUGCUGUUCUUCAAUCAACACUUGGGCUUUCUCACCGUCUGGUUGGACCAGUGCCCAUGCCACUUUUUAUGGAGGUAGCGAUGCCUCGGGCACAAUGGGAGGGGCUUGUGGGUACGGGAAUCUGUAUUCAGCGGGGUAUGGAACUGAUACAGCGGCAUUAAGUACUGCGUUAUUUAACGAUGGAGCCUCAUGUGGGGAAUGCUACAAAAUCAUCUGCAAUUAUGAAGCAGACUCCAGAUGGUGCUUGAAAGGAACAUCUGUAACCAUAACUGCCACAAAUUUUUGCCCUCCCAAUUUUGCUCUGCCCAACAACAAUGGAGGGUGGUGCAACCCUCCUCUCAAACAUUUCGACAUGGCUCAACCCGCAUGGGAAAAGAUUGGUAUCUAUAGAGGAGGGGUCGUGCCCGUCUUGUUCCAAAGGGUUCCAUGCGUGAAGAAAGGAGGGGUUAGGUUCAGUGUGAAUGGGAGAGACUACUUUGAGCUUGUAUUGAUCAGCAAUGUGGGGGGGGCUGGAUCUAUCAAAUCUGUGUCCAUCAAAGGCUCAAAAACUGGAUGGAUGACUAUGUCAAGAAACUGGGGAUCUAAUUGGCAAUCCAAUGCAUAUUUGAAUGGUCAAUCUUUGUCCUUUAGGGUCACAACCACCGAUGGUGUAACUAAACUUUUUCUAGGUGUUGUUCCACCAAAUUGGUCAUUUGGUCAGACUUUCCCUACUAGUGUCCAGUUUUAAGGCUACAAGGAUUAUUAAGUUGUGGGUUUUGGACUUUCUCAUGAACGUAAGAAACGGCAGAGGCAUGCUUAUUAUUUUACUGGAGCAGCCCGCCUCACUCUUUUGUGCUUUUUGGACCCAUAAACUUUAUGGCCUAAAUG